AUGGCAAAUAAUUUUACAUACAAUUAUAAUCGUAAUAAUUCAACAUCGGAGAAUAAUAAUAAUAAUUGUCAAUCAUCAUUAAUAAAUACAUCGAAUUGUGAUUCAAUGCAAAUUAAUCAUUUAAUUAAUCAACGUCAAUUAUCCGAUUCUCGUACACCGACGAAAUGUUUUAUUCUUUUCGAAAAUGCAUCAUCGAUAAAUUCGAUUAGAAUUCGUUUUAUUGAAUAUCUUGGUACACGUUCUCGUCACCAUCAUUCAAAAAAAUUAUAUUUACCACAAGUUUUCAAUAAUCAUCAAACAUCAUCACAUGAAACAUAUGAAGAAUUUUCAAAUUAUGUAAAACAAGUUUUAGAAUCAAUACCAUAUCAUGAAUUAUCAUCAUAUGUUGUUAGUGUUCGAACAGGUGUUGCAUAUUUUUUUUCUAGACGUUUUCGUUUUAAUUAUAAAUAUUCAAUUGAACAAAUUUAUAAUCUUAUUCAAAAAAAAAUUCCAACAACUGAUAAUCAAUAUUAUUAUCAAUCAAUACACGAUUCCAAACAAUCAGAUAAUAGUUUACGUUCAUCAUUUUGUAAUGUUAAACCAAUUAGUCAAACUCGGAAAUUUGUUGAAAAACUUGAAGGAUAUCAAUAUUAUGUUCAACAACAAAAACAUGUUUUUCGAAUUUAUUUACAAUCAGAUGAUAAACAAACUCAUGUUUGUAUAGUUGAUCCAUCAUUACAUUAUUCAAUUAUUGAAUUUUCAAAAGAUUUUCAAAGAACAUCAAAUAUAGACGUUAUUCGAGAUCGUAGUUCAUCAAAAUUUGAACAAACUAAAACAUAUGAUGAUAUAUUUGAUUUUCGUAUACAAUUUCAAUAUAAUCCUUGUACACGUAGUGAUCAAAUGGAUAUAAUUGAAUAUGAAUUACGACAACAAUUUCCAUCACUUAAUUCAAAUUUUAAAAAUGAAAAUAUCUUACGACCAUUAAAUAAUAACAUAAAUGAUGAUGAACUUUAUAUAUGUCAAGAUUUAUGUCCAUAUGUACGUUUUAUUCGACGUGAUUUUGGUGAUGUUUAUCAACAUAAUGGUGACGAUGAAUUAUUUGAAAAUUUUACUAUUUAUCUUGAAUCAUCUGUUGAAUAUAGUAUUGAUCAUCAAAAAUCAACAUGUAAACGUCAAUUAGAUACACAUGGAAUUGUGUAUGCUCGAUUAAAUCUUAAUACAAUGAUAUCAUCAAAUUCAAUUGAUGAAAAUUUAUUAAUAUCAAAAUUAUGGAAUAUGGGUGAAGGUUUAACAUGUAUAGCUGGUCAAUGUACAACAUCAGAAACACAACAAUCAACUAAUUAUUAUACAUUUGAUGGACAAGAAUAUACUGCUCAAGAUGAAACAUUUGUUCAAACAAUACUUAACAAAUCAACAUUACAUUCAAUGCUUGGUUUAACAAAUGAUGUAACAGACGAUGAAAUUGAACAAACUUUUAAUUGUAUAACACAUCAAUUACAAACAAAAUGGGAUUGUAUUCGAGGUGGUCAAAGUGCUCGUGAGAAAAUUUAUGCAUUUUAUCAUCAGUAUUUCAAUGAACAGAAUUGA